UUUUGUGUGUCACUUCCUUCUUAUUUUUGUUUAUGAAAUGAUAAAAUAUUGGAUGAAUACAAGUCUAAUUUCUCGCGGAAUUUUCCUGCAAUGAGAUCGUUUCGAAUGGUGUUUGUAAUGAGAUAACGUGAGGAAGAUGCCUAUCGUCAAACGAGCCAUCACCCCGGAGGAAAUAAGCCGGGUCCCUGUACCAAAGGGAAUACAUAAUGAACUUGAAUGUGUCACGAAUAGUACUCUUUCUAAUAUAAUACGACAGCUCAGCACGCUAAGCAAACAUGUCGAGGACACUUUUGGUGAGCUUUAUAGCGAGGCUGACCAGACAUUUAGACGCAUCAACCAGUUACAGGAACGGAUUGAACGUCUGAGGGUCAAGGUCACGCAGCUUGAUUCGACAGCCGAGGAAGUAUCUGUGAUUGACAUCCACAUGAGGAAACCGUUCAGGAGUUCCGUUGUCACCGACCGAGAAGUUCUUAAGCGAGAGUCGCUACCACCCUGUAUGAUAGAGACAUACAACACAUGUGAUAAACCACCAUCUUUGGAUAAACUUGAUCCUUAUAGGGAGGAUGGCAAAUCAAGUAUGAAGUUUUAUACGGAUCCAAACUACUUCUUUGAGCUGUGGCGGCAAGAGAUGGAGGAAAACUCAAAACCUAAGAAAGGACCGAGAGAUAAACCUCGAAAACAUCCACCUGGAGGGCAUCGCAAACCGCCAGAAGUCAGAGAGGCCAAGGUGACCAAGUACGUAGGGAAAGAUGCAGAGUUUAUUAAUACACCACAACAACAGUCCCACCAUAAUAGGCGUCACCAAUCGAACCAGCAGAACGUUCAGAUGAGGCCGCAUCCUCAAGAGCAGCAGACGGCUUCAAGACCAAACAGCCUCGAGCUGGAGAAACAACAAAUGAACCAAAUACCCUAUAAUGAUCAAACUUAUGCCAACCAGCAACAGAUACGAGAACAGCAGUUGGCAUCUCAACAGCAAAAACAACAACAACAACUGCAACAACAGCAGCGUAAUAGCAAUCAUCCAGAUUACCGAAAUGGCCCUGUUCCGAAUAACCAGAUGACUUAUGGUCAGAACCAGCAGGGUAAUCAUAUGGUGCCCGAGUAUAAGGCUCCACCACCUUAUCACAAUAAUGAUAAUAUGCACCAACGGACUCCACCUCAAUAUAUUCAUGAGCAAGGAAUGGACCCGAAUAAACGGGUCACUUCUGUCGGACCGCGGGUACAGUCAGUGCAUAGUCCACGCCCAUCCCAGCCUCCUCCCCCAGUGCCACAGGACGGUACACCGGGAUCUGUUGGUUCUCCAUCGAGAGUGUCUAGCCGUUCAGCUCUACCACCACCCCCGGCGCCACCAUCGGUGCAACAGAAUGGUCAAACAAAUCAGUCGCCAUAUGGUCAACAGAAUUACCAGCAGAGUCCAGUCAUGGUGGCACAACAUGGUGCCAUCGCACAGAAGGCGCAUUCACCGAGUCCUGUGCGGAAUAAGACACCAGAGAUGGAUUUGGGAUUACCACCACCACCUCCACCCCCUCAGGAACAUCCCUCACCAGACACACCAGUAUCUAUGCCGCCACCACCGUCGCCACCAAUGGAUGUGUCGUACGGUGCCCAUGUCACAGCGCCCUCACCACCCCCUCCCCCGCCUCCACCACCCCCGCCACCAAUGAACCAGGGAGGCCUGCACGCUCCUCAGCUUACGGCAGAUAAUGCAUCAAUAUCAUCAACGACUAGCUCGAUGACGAAUGCGUCGGCAAAUACAGGGACGUCGGUAGAAUCUGCUGCAGAGAAGGCUGCUCUGUUGGAUCAUAGUGAUCUACUCUUUGCUAUAAGAAAAGGAAUACAACUUAGGAAGGUUGAACGAAAGGAACAGGAGGAACAACAGAAACGAAAGGAUAAAAAUCGACCGGAUGUUGAGGCGAUCAUCCGAGAAGUGGAGAAACGACGCGAGCAUCUAAAUGACUCUGAAGAUUCAGAUGAUUCUGACGGAGGAAGUUGGGAUUCAGAUUGAGAUUCUUGUAGAUCGCAAAAAUAAUGAAAAUUUUUGUUUAUUACUACCCGUGCAAUAGUCAAAUCCUGCAAUGUUUCCUUAGGUCCGUAUUUAUAAGAGCAGUGAGCAUGGUAAAUUAAAGCGAACUGGAACCGCCAAGCCAGUUCGUAUGACCUCGUUUUCAUUUCCCGCGUAUCGGGUGAUCAGAACGAGGCAUGAAUGAAACAUGGCGCCUAGCUGUCAAUCAUUCAGUGACGUCACUACUAUGGAAUUUACUACGAAAAUUCAUGAAUGAAAGAUUGCAUGACUCACGUGAUUCUCACAUGAUUCUCAAUAAUAACAAAUUGAACUGCACAUGCUCGGGCACUGGGGGCGGAGCUACAAAUCUGAACUCGAAUAUAAAGUUGGAAGUUUGACUUUCUCGGGCGGUGAAAGUCGAAAAGUUGAAUAAAUCGCUCGGCGGUUCCAGUUCGCUUUAAAGUUUUCACACGUUUGGAUAUUGAAGUUUUAAUCAAGGGUAGCUCAGCAAUUUUGGUUGACUAUUUUACAAGACAUGCACGAUCGGUUUUGAAUCAUGGUUGUGGCACUGUUGCAUGGGUAGUCUCUUGUAUAAACUGAUUCCAACAUCGUUGUUCUUCCGAUUCUCAUUUCUCAGUUAUAUAACAUUUAUUUAACCAGGAUAGGUUGAACAGAUAUGCUCAAAGUUUGAUGUCAAAGUGUGAAUUGACGAUUUACGAAUAUAGUACGAUAAUCCACUGAAACUUGCAACCUGUGUUUAUCAUGCAGUUAAUUAACUGCUCUAUUUAGAUUUGUUCUGACCUUCAGAAUCAGUUCAUACUCUUUUCAAUAUAAUCUUGACAUUCAUAAAUAGAUCGAAUAUAACUUGUAUGAAGAUAUGAUGGACAGAGCAUGUCUCAUAUAUGUAAUUUAAAAAGCACUGUGCAAUUUGAUAUGUUUGUAAACUGUCGAGUUUUGGUGAAAAUCAUGUAUGCACAUGUUAUUGGUAACCUCACCUCGGUGUUCUUUCUAAUGAACUAUCUUCAUUUGCUAAGAACACUGCGUCCUUUACACAAUGUAGACUUGUUUCUGUACAAUGUACAGUUGUGCACAGAUUUAUACGGCAUGUAUUCUAAAGUGGUUCAGUGAAAGUACUGUAGCAUUGUCUAACCUAACCACAACUAUAUCCAAGCAUCCUCAGUAAUAAUGGAGGCCAGGGCAUUCAACAAGUUUGGGAAAAAGUAACCAUACAUUGCAUUAUGAAGAGAUGUUAGGUAGGCCAAUCUGUUUGAAAUAACUGCAGUUGUAUUAUAGUGGUGCAUAAUCCUAGAGGACUUUGGGUGUGCAUUUGUCAAUCCUGUAUAAUAAUAUUGUACAGUUAUCAUUAUUCUAUUAAAACUUUGUAGGGAUUAUUCAGUUAGGUGACUUACUGAUGUGUAGUUAUUGUGACAGUUCGUCGUUUUUUACUACCAUUGAAAUUAGUUCUGUAGUCAUUGAUGAUAGUUGGAUCUCAGAUUAGGACAAGAAGGACAAUUUACUUAGGUGGAUUUGAAAAUUCAUUGACAACAGGUCAACAAUAAGCAGGUUGAUUGAGCAGCUUAUUUGAAAUAUUUCGAGAUAGACUAGUGUUAAAGUGUAAAGUCGGAUGAUGAUAACCUCAACCAUUGUUGUCGUCGGACUGUAGACCCUAUACUGUAGACUGCAAGAAUUGGCCAGAAAAUGUCAAAAAGAUUUUCAUCUGGCUUGAGUAAACUCUCCUUUGAGAUCCUUGCACUUGAGAUAAUGGUAAGGACUGAUGUUGACAUGAUUGUGCCUAAAAGUGAUUAAAAUGUGAACUUCUGUAAAAAUCGUGGACAAAUUUUAUCAUAAUAUUUAUUGGAGUGCUCCAGUCAGGCUUUUUAUAGGAUACCUAGGUAGGUCCGUUUUAGUCCUUAAAAAUGUUGAUUGGUGAUUUUUUUUAGCCAUGCUGUACAAAGGUGUCUCCAUUGACUGUGAGCUCAUUGUAUUUUUGUACAUAGCUUUGUAACCAUUUGAGAUAUGUUUCUUUUCAUAUGACGUGACAGUGUUAUGUGCUGUAGGUUUUUUCAAGGAAGGAUGAGCUAUACUGGGUGUCCCGAAAUGUGUUGCAUUGAAAAGUGACUUCCUAGGCGGCAGCUAUUAGCAACAGCAAUAAGACUGACCUAACUAGUUGCUUUGUCAAAUUAAACUGUUGUUUUUGCUGUGUGAUUGUACCAAAAAAGCAGUCCUUUUCCAUAUUAUUUUGAAUUUCUCCAUGAUGUAGUUUGGUGCAUACAAUUUUGGGACAGCCCGUACAGAUGACUUUCUUGUUGAGGUAAAAGAAUUAGAGGUUAUGUGGGGUGUUGUUCUCACUUUGUCGUGGUUAAUGAUGUCAGCUUGCAAAAAGGUGCGACUAGUUCUCAGUUUGCAGUAUUUCUGCUGUUCGUGCAUGAUCUGUGCUCAUCAUUAUCAUUGCCACUUUGUCAACUGAGUAAUACCAAGAAUUAAUAAAGACUACUCUUUAUCAGUUCAAGGUAUACAGAUGCAAAUACACCACCAACAAUAAUUUACAAGUACUUUAAAAAAAGCCGAGUUAAACAAAGUGGCGCCUUGUCCGUUUGAAAUUCCAAAAGGCCUGGGUCCCUUCAGUGUACAGGUUGCGUUUUUGUAUGAAAGAUAUCAGAUGGUUGUUGUAUCUCAAAGGUAUGGAGACAUUACAUUGUACACAUUGUACAGUCCUAUUGUACUAGGUGUCAAAAUGAAUAUGAUACACUUUAAAAAUUUUAAAAAUAGUAUCAAAACUAUUAGUAGAAUCACGUUUCUUUUGAUACCUAGUAAAAUCUUAGGCUACUUUGCAUGCUCUUGUUUUUGCAAAUCACUUUAAGGCAAUGUGCUGAUCAGAAAAUCAAAAUCCUGAGGUAUCCUCUGAGUGGUAGGAGAAGUAUUCGGGUUCUUUUAGGAAUAUUUCACAAAUGGCGACGUUGUUUGCCACUAAAUUCCUAAAUUGUCAAAACUAAGCAUUGUUUGUAUCUCCUCUAGGCAUCGGGAUAUUUUCUCUCAAUGCCAAUUUUGAGAUUCCUCAAUAACAUUAUGAUCGAAAAGUACCAGUAAUCCGGUGAAAUGAAAAUCAUUUGAUUUCAGAUAGAUUUGAGAUUACAUUUUAUUCUGCUCUUCAUUUAUAUCUGCAUAGAUAAGGGGACUGCAAUAUCUCUUCAGGACAAUAUCAUCUGGCGAUCUUUAUAAGAUUGGUGUAGUGUACCGGUACUGAAUUCUCUAAUCUUAGCUACCAGGUAGCAGUAACUGCCGUAGUUGUAUAUCAUGGGGACUUAAAUUGUGCAGCCUGUCGUAAUUUUCAUAUGCUUCACGGAAUUAUAAAAACUUGGCAAACGAAAAAAUCAUGCCAAAAAGUUGUGGAUUAUUUCUGCAUCCAGAUUGCGAAAUUUUGUAAAUAGAAUAGCCACAUUUUAUCUUUGCUUUGCUAUCUAGCCAAUAUGAAUGCCUCUGAGCACAGCGAGUUCUGUUGUAUUACGAAACUUAGUCCAAGAUGUUCAUGAUCAUGCGCUUGUAACUGUACAUUUAGUAAACAGGUGUGUGCCAAUUGUGCACAUUCUUUGAUAGGCAAUAGUACACAUAUUUCUUUCUGUACAUAUGAUGGGCACCUUUGAGCGUGUACAAACUGUUCUGAUUUUCACUGUACAUGUAUGUGUUGUACAAAAUAGGAGAAUAUUCAGUGUUCUUGGAAUGGUGAUCAGAGUUUUGUACGUUUUUAUUUACAGUAGUUAAAACAUUAUGUAUUCUAUAAACUAAUUCACUGUAUGCCUGCUAUCUGAAACUUGAUGGUCCCUUUUAUAUUUGGGGGUGUUUUUGAGAAAUGAAGGUUAUAAAUGUUUGACAUGACGUAUUAAACUGCAGUAGGACUGGUGUCAGGAAAGAGUAGAGAAAGGUAACAAAACUUAUACACUUCGGUGGAAAACACCAAUGAUGGUGUGCAGUUGUGUCCAUCCUGACCCCAGCUCACCAUGUCAUGAAAAGCAUCUGUAUUGUGUGCCCUGUUAUGUUAAUAAAUGGGUGCAAAUCUUUUCAAAAUAGUCUUUGCAACAAGAUGUGAGUGGUAUAAAGUAAGGAAUUAAAACUGUUUUGUGUCAACAGUGGAAUGCAUCUCAAAUAGAUUUAACAACACAAUUCUGAUGAUGCCCUCAUGAACAAGUUCAUGGUUACCUUUGCUGCAAAAUCACCUCAGUGGCAUGAAAGGGUUAAAAUCGGCCACUGCAUACUUGCGGAACCUCAUUCACCACUUGUGCAAUGAAUGUACAAGUAAUGUACAGUUAUGGAGUAAAAGGUCCUUGUUGACGAGGUUGCCACAGUAUAAAUAUGCAUGAGCAUGUACAUAAAUCUCGUGCAUAAGUAGCCUUUGUGAAAUUAAUCCAUGCAAAGGAUUCAACAUUUUAGUCCUGAACACAACAUAUUUAGCAAAUAGUCUUGCGAAGUGUAAACCCUUUCCAUUGUAUAUACCUAACCCUAAUUCCUUAUAUAACGUAAUGAGGAUUCCUCACACAAUCAUGACUUGGAGGAUUGGUGGUUUAUCAAUUAAAAACAGUUCAACACACAAAGGGAUAACGUCUUUUCCCCCAGGAGGUUUGUAAAAUAAUGAUUAGCGUUCUAAAACCAAACUCACUGGACCUUUGGUACUCAAAGAUGUUAUUUUUCAAAAAUCUCACUAUUGUGUUUUGAGCAUUCAAUGCACCUAAUGCAGACAGGACAUGAAGAAGGAUCAGCACUAAUUUGCCACUUACAGCAAGAUGAAUCUUGAAAUAAGUUUUCUGAUUGAAACCUUCUUGGCAAUUAAAGUGGUACCAGUACUCCUAAAUCCAACGUCCUUCGACAUAUUGGCUGCAACAAUUGUUUUCUCAAACUAGCCAACUAGGUAAACCCUUCUCCUUCUUUUCUCGUGGUCCCAGAAGUAUUUGUUCUUGUGGCCUAUAUGAUGGUGCAUUGCCUUAAAGCAACUUAUUGUAUUAAAUAUUGAGAAUAAAACAUGGAAAAUUAUUAACAAAA